ACACCACCAAACUGGUUACGAUUAAGAGAAUAUAAAGAUAAUAAAAAGUAGCGAACGCGGUCAAGUGUUCCGUGGCAUCAGUCUCCCAGCACAAGCCGCACGAUGAGCUGCAAUCUUGAACUAGAGGAACCUUUGCGUCUAGCGAGCGCAGAUGAAGUAAAUCAACUCAUAUCAAUUUAUGAGCGUCACCUGCCAUCUACCGUUCAGUUUGUUUUAUUGUUGGAAAAUAUUAAAAGAAUGCAAGCCAUUAUUUGUGAUAGUGAGUUAGAGAAUGCUUCACAUAGGUUUCGCAAAUCAAUCUAUGUGCUAAAGGAUCGGGAUAUUAAGCAGCAUGCUACGUUCGUAGCCAUCGGUCCAGACAAGGACAUCUUCAUUAUUCCUCAUACGCUACAAAAUCCGCCCAUCGAAUUGACUGAAGCAAUCCGUGUUACGAAAUAUAUUAAAUGGAAGCUGCAUCCUGUGUUCGUUAUUGAAGCAAAUAAUGAAAUUCAAGAACAUUUAUCACAAGCAGCAGAAUCGCGAAAUCUAAAGCUACAAGUCUGGUCUGAUUGUUUAAAUUACUGGAUGCCAAAACAAAAAGCCAGUAAAGUUACCUACAGCGUUCCUCAGGAUGUAACAUUGCGUCCGCUGCAAGAAGAACACGCACAAUUCCUGAACGAUACUUGGCCGUAUCGCUACGAACAAUCCAAAUGGUAUAUUGAAACGGCUAUACGUGUUAAUGGAGGAUUUGGAUUGUUUGACACAAAGGAUGAAUCCCUGGUCGCAUGUGUUUUUAAAAACGACCAUGACAGUGUCGGGCACCUGUAUACGAUACCUAGUAGAACACAAAGAGGCUAUGGGAGCACGCUCGCUAAAGCAAUAACGAAAAAGAUAGCGUUCCAGGACAACCAACAUGCCCUAGCGUUUAUCUCUCCGUCAAAUGAACAGUCAAUUCGUAUAUUCACCAAAAUAGGUUACCUUCCAGUGAGCAGGACACUAUGGCUAUCCAGUAAACCAGCAACAAAAAAUCAGCUAUCCUAACUCUAAUCGGACACAUCAGGAUGAUUUGUAGUAGAAAGUUGCAGAUGGCUUAAAGAGUUACUCUUUUAUCAAAUAUUUCUAUACGAUCUUAGUGAAACAAUUGAUUUUAAGAUGGUGGUCACCAUUUAUUCUGUUAAUCUAUUACAUCACUUAAGAUAUCUUCUCAUUCAGAUCAUUAUGUCGCAAAUAAAAUGAAUACGCGGA